GUAAAUUUUGGUUUUCAAACUCACCCCUAGUCAUUCUUUAUUUGGUUCAAUUUUUUUUCGCAUCUGCUCGUCUCUUUAUAUCCCCCUAUUGUUGUCUUCCUCUUUAAUUUUGACCUUCUUGUCCGUUAUCUCCCCAAUCUUCUCCGUGCUGGCGCUGUAGUCCCGCGCCGCUUCAAUGGAAUAUGGGUCCUGAUCAACAUGCUCAAUUGGAUCGCUUCAGUCUCUUUCUUCCUUUUCCCUAUCGCGUGGCCGUCAUUUUGGUUGCUGGCUUCUGGGGUUGGGGGGUCAAUCUCCAAUAUCUUCUCAAGAAGAACAUUGAUGUCCCCGCGCUCAUCCGAUAUCCUGCCCGUCAAUCUUCGUCCCAGCGACCCCACCACAUCUCGACAUACCAUCUAGCUACUCUCUUGACAAUCCCCCUGCUGCUCUCACUACUUAUAUUCUGGGCCGCUACCCAUGGCUCUACUGAGAGGGUCGAGUCUCUGGAUUUUAUUCCACAGUCAUACCUCAUUAUCUUCUUCAUAAUCCUCCUUCUCCCUUUCAACCGUCUCGCGCGCUCUGGUAGACAUCGCUUGUUCGUCACUCUGAAGCGGAUUAGCAUUGGUGGAUUAGCAGAAGCCCAAGAUGGGAAAUUUGGAGACAUCCUACUUGCCGAUGCGUUGACUAGCUAUGCUAAAGUACUAGCGGACUUGGUUGUUACUUUCUGCAUGUUCUUUACCUCGGGUGUUUCCAGCACAUCCAAGCCGGAUCGCAAAUGUGGACACGAUUGGGUGAUCCCCCUGGUCGUUGCUCUUCCGAGUAUUAUCCGAUUUCGGCAGUGUCUGAUUGAAUAUGUGCGUGUACGUCGAGCUGGUUUUAAACUGGAAAAUCAGGGCGGUCAGCACCUAGCCAACGCUCUGAAAUACGCUACAGCGCUUCCCGUCAUCUACCUUACCUCCAAGUUGAGGAACUAUAACCCCCUGGAGAGCUACGGAUACAGCGAGAUGAGUUUGUCACGACUAUUAUACAUGUUCACCUUUGUCAACUCCUCUUAUUCUUUCUACUGGGACGUCACCAAAGAUUGGGACCUGACCCUCCUAACUUCAUCGCGCCGUGACGCGCAUCAUCCUUACGGAUUACGCCGGCACCGCCAUUUUGCUGAUCGGCAGUACUAUCUUGCUAUUCUUGUAGAUCUGAUUAUUCGGUUUUCAUGGUUGUCCAGGUUUAUGCCUGGGUUUGUCUGGCUUUGCGAGACGGAGGUGGGCAUUUGGUUGCUCAUGUCCCUUGAAGUCGCACGCCGGUGGAUGUGGAUUUUCUUUCGUGUGGAGACCGAAUCUGUCAGGAACAGCCGUGGACCGGCCCCUGAUGACAUUCUUCUCGGUGAAUUCAACGGCAAAUUGGAUGCGGACUGAACCGCGGCCGUACUUCAAAGCUGUUGAACACCGCCCUUUUUAUAAAUGACAUGACUUGGUAUAUCCACGGAUGUAGGACUUAUUAUUGUGAUUAUGUAUGUAUUCCACUUUAGUUGUUGUUAUUCUCUGCUACGCCCUUCGAGCGUCUGGCCCAUCAUUCGGUCCGUUUCUUGGACCAUCCAUAUCGCGUCCUCGACCAAGCGAACGAUUUUCAAGUGAUCAUCUGUAUGAAAUUCGGCAAGCAUUGCGAGAUAUAGUUGUGCGCAGUACAUAGUGGCAGGUCUUUUUUUCUUUUUUUGUUUUUAUUUUCUGCAUGCAACUGCACUACAGACAUGUGGGUAAUAAACAUUUGCAAU